CAAGUGGAAAGUGCCCGCUGGAACACCUCGGCGGGACUGUACGUUCCAACUUUUACGCCUGCUUUGCUGGGCAGGAUCUACGUGUUCUCCAUGACCCUUUUCAGAAUACUGCUGUCUACUACACUGCUCUCGUUGUCAUUUGGAAGGAAGAGUCAGCUGGGGAUCAGCUGUGGCAGCACUGGUGCUUGCGACGAAUUCGAAGUAGAACUUGCAGAGGAGGAGCUGGCUGCAGAAAUGCAGGUUGAACUUUUGCAGCGAAUGCCAAUGGACAUUCGUCUAGCCGCAAGCGAAGUGGAGAGCGCAGCACCAGGUCAGAAAGUUUGCCUGCUGGAUCAUAUUGUUGGAUCCUGGCAUGUCCAGAAUGCUCUGGGCAUCGACGGAGUAACAGUGCUGCUGCAAGUUGCGCCAAGGUCCUCUACAAGCUGCGAUGAGGUCCCUGGACAGAUUCAUUACUUGGGCAAGAAGACGCAGUACACAAUUUCAGCGGAGCCUUUAGAUGCGGGCAAACUGCAUGUCAAAUUUCUGAACAACGAGGCAGAUCCGGCAUACUUUCAUGAGGGCCACUAUGACAUAACCAAGGAUGCUCUCUCUGAGGAUCUUGGUAUGGUCAACGGCAUGAAGCAGAAUGAGAACAUGCAGCUGGACUUCAAGCGAAUGCAUUAAAGUCGA